AUGAUUGAGGCCCAGAAAUUGCUAACAUUAGAGGAUGUGGCUGUGAACUUCACCUGGGAGGAGUGGCGGAUCCUGGACCCUGCUCAGAAGGAGCUGUAUCGAGAUGUGAUGUUGGAGAACUACAGCAACCUUGUAUCAACGGGGUAUCAAGCUAACAAACCCGAUGCCCUCUGCAAGCUGGAGCAAGGAGAAGAGCCGUGGGUAAUAGAAGAGGAAGUUCACCAAAUCACCUGUCCAGGGGAGAAACCCUAUAUAUGCAGUGAAUGUGGAAAAUGCUUCAUCAAGAAGCACUAUCUUGUUGUCCACCAGCGCAUUCAUACUGGAGAGAAACCCUAUAUAUGCAGUGAAUGUGGAAAAGGCUUUACCGUGAAGAGCAAUCUUAUGGUCCAUCAGCGAUCUCAUACAGGGGAAAAGUCUUACAUAUGCAAUGAGUGUGGAAAAGGCUUUACCACAAAGUGUACUCUUAUUGUACAUCAGCGUACUCAUACUGGAGAGAAACCCUAUGAAUGCAGUGAAUGUGGUAAAACUUUCAGCCAGAAGAUAAGUCUUGUACAACAUAGAAUUCACACAGGGGAGAAACCAUAUGAGUGCCAUGAAUGUGGGAAAGCCUUUGCCACAAAGUCAGUUCUCAAUGUCCAUCAAAGAACUCAUACAGGAGAGAGACCAUAUGGAUGCAGCGACUUACAGUGA